UCCAGUUUGGCCUGGGCGCCGAAGGAACUGCGGUCCUAGCCGCUGCCACCCAACGGCCUGUCCUGGGUGUCCCGUGCCCUGCCCCCAUCCAGCCAUGACCCUGCGCCCCUCACUUCCCCCGCCUCGUCUGCUGCUGCUGCUGCUGCUGCUGCUGCGUGGGGCGGUGUGCCGGGCUGAGGCUGGGUUCGAAACCGAAAGUCCCGUCCGGACCCUCCAAGUAGAGACCCUGGUGGAGCCCCCGGAACCGUGUGCUGAGCCUGCUGCCUUUGGAGACACGCUUCACAUACACUACUCGGGCAGCUUGGUAGACGGACGCAUCUUUGACACUUCUCUGACCAGAGAUCCUCUGGUUAUAGAACUUGGCCAAAAGCAGGUGAUACCAGGUCUGGAGCAGAGCCUUCUAGACAUGUGUGUGGGAGAGAAGCGAAGGGUAAUCAUUCCUUCUCACUUGGCCUAUGGAAAACGGGGAUUUCCGCCAUCUAUCCCAGCGGAUGCAGAGCUGCAUUUUGACGUGGAGCUCGUUGCACUGAUCCGAGCCAACUACUGGCAAAGGCUGGUGAAGGGCAUUUUGCCUCUGGUAGGCAUGGCUAUGGUGCCAACCCUCCUGGGCGUCAUUGGGUAUCACCUAUACAGAAAGGCCAGCAGACCUAAAGUCUCCAAAAAGAAGCUCAAGGAAGAGAAGCGAAACAAGAGCAAAAAGAAAUAAACAAUAAUUUUU